AUGAGGAAAAAGCAGGAAUUCUACAUUGCGCAAAUGACGCGUCCGGUGCGCGCCGCGAGUACUGCGCGGCAGAACGCGACACCAAGACCCCGAGGACAACAUGAAAUAACUGCGAACAUAAACCACAGUGACAUUCAAUCGGUCGGCGGGCUCAUGGCCCCCGUCGCCCACACCACCGCCCGCCUGGCUCAGCCCACAGAAAGUCUCACGAGUGUCGCUGCUGAGGAGGACUCGGGCGAGGAGCUGACCUCUGACCCCCAACAUCCCCGAGAUCAUCACAGGAAGUACAAAACGACUGGAGCCAUGGUGAGCGGCGCCGGCGCUGCGCCCCAGGCGGACGACUGCUUCUGUCACCUGUGUCAGAUCUCACUGCCGUCCAAAGCCGAUCACCAGGAGCACCUGCUGCUGCACAGCUCGGGAGCGCCCCCUGUGGGUCUCCAGCGCUUCCCAACGCUGCAGCCACACAACCUGAGCGCCCCACGGCCGCCUUAUGAGCCGCUGCAGCCGCCCUCAGACAAGCGGCCCUAUGACCCCAUCAUGGGUCCCGCGAACGGCCCAAUGUACAUGUAUGAUCCGCGACCUUCCCACUCUGAGCCUGAGGCUGGCCCGCAGGGCGACGCUGAACGCAGGUUUAAGUGCGGUGAGUGUGGAAAGAGUUACCGUCACGCGGGCAGCCUGGUGAACCACCGCCGCUGUCACCAGACCGGCCAGUACCACUGCAGCGUCUGCGGGAAGCAGUACCCUCACCUGGCCGCGCUGCACAGUCAUCUGCGCAGCCACAAGGGCCGCACCUCAGCACAAGGCAGCACUGACUGGACCGACUACUCUCAGGGGGGUGGGGCAGAGGGCGGGGCUCACUUCAGCCAGGACGCCGCCCACAGCAGUUUAGACUCUCUGGAAUUUCAUGAGCACUUCGACGCACCGCUGGCUCAGGGGUCACAGGGCGGCCGACAGGCAUGCGCAGACUGUGGCCAGAUGUUUGACCUGAACGCUCUGAAGAGCCACAUGUGCUCAGGCCAGCAGGGGGCGCAGGGGAACGGCUUCAGCAUGAGCUUCAGCAGCACACUGCCCGCUGCUGACCACAAACACACAGUGAAGAGACUUGGGGACAAAGAGGACGAGGACGAGGGAGAGAUCUAUCAGUGCUCUGUGUGCGGGAACCACUACGCCAGCCUGCGCGCGCUACGCAGCCAUCUCCGCAGCCACGCCAACAACCCCAGCUUUUCCCAGCUACCUGAGCAAGGGCCCAGCCAGGCGCCGCAAGGAUCUGGCCAGAGCUGGAGGCUCCUGUGCUCUACCUGCGGCCAGAGCUUCAGUCGCAAACAGGACCUCCUGAACCAUCAGCUGAUCCACGGGCCGCAGAGGGCGGAGCCUAAAGGCCAGAGAGUCGCCUGUGCAGACUGCGGCCUGCUUUACGACCGUCACCUCUCACACAUGUGCCAUGGAAAGAGCCGGCUGAAUGGAAAGAACGCUCAAGCUGAGGCGCGCAGACCCCUGGUGGAACACAGCGACAAACCCCACAAGUGCGACCAGUGCGGGCGGGGCUACAGGCACCCGUGCUCCCUCCUCAACCACAAGAAGUCCCACAAGACCGGAGUGUUCCGCUGCCUCGUCUGCCAGAAGAAGUACUACAACCUGCUCGCUCUGAAGAACCACCAGAGAACUCACUUCGACCUAAAGAGGCACAAGUGCGAGGAGUGUGGAAAGGCCUUUAAGAUCCAGAAGCAGCUGCUGAACCACCUGCGUCUGCACGAGGAGCACCGCGUCAAAGGCCUAGUGCGCUCAGGCCCCAGCGGGGCGCGCCUGUCCCCGGCCGGCCCAUCACAGCUGCACACGCUCAGAGCAGAGAGCGCCAAAGCCGCGUCUCUGCUUGGGUUCAAGAAGCCCUACUCUUCGGCCGGAACUUCUCGACCGCAGAAAUUUGACGCGGUGGAGACCAGCCGCCGGCCGUUUUCCUGUGAGGAGUGCGGUAAGACCUACCGCCACGCAGGCAGCCUGGCCAACCACAAGAACCUGCACAAAGUCGGAGACUACCACUGUAACGUCUGCAACUCCACCUACCCCAACCGCCUGGCCAUGAAGAACCAUCUGAGGCUCCACUUUGCCCACAAGAAACACAACUGCCCCGACUGCGGCAAAGGCUUCCGUACGCAGCGCCAGCUCGCCACUCACUCCACAGGUGGCUUGUGUAAGGGCCCCCAGGGACCUGGCCAGCAGAUGGACUACGAGUGUGACGGCUGCUGCGAAGGUUUUGCUACCGCAGAUGACCUGUCUGCUCACGACUGUCCCGCCGCUCACCUGCCCGUGUCCUCAAGCUCCACGCCCUCUCACCCCCGAGAGGAGCGUGUGUCUGUGGACACGGACUCAGACGAGCGCCCGUAUGUGUGCGACCUGUGUAACUGUGCGUACAAACACGCCAGCUCCUUACUGAACCACAAACACACGCACAAGACCGGGAACUUCCGCUGCAGCUUCUGCGACAAACCUUACACCAACUACAUGGCGCUGCGCAACCACAUGCGCAUCCACACACAGCGCAAGAAGCACGUGUGCCACGUGUGCGGCAAAGCAUUCCGGCUCGCUCGCUUCCUCCGCAAUCACCACCGCGUCCACGACGAGGGCGCCACACCCUUUGGCUGCCCCAGUUGCGGCAAGAGCUUCCAGGGCCGCUCCGCGCUGGCCAGGCAUCGCUGCGGGGACUCGCUGGAUUCCACACUGCUCCGCAGACCUGCCCCAGACAGGAAGGAGGCAGAGGAGUGCCGCUACACGUAUAUGCUCUCCAAUCCCAGCGCGCCCACGUGUGAGCAGUGCGGCCGCUCGUACCGCCACCCCUCGUCGCUCCUGAACCAUCGCCUGAGUCACCGUGUGGGCGUGUUCCCCUGCGUAUCGUGUUCAAAGACCUUCAACAACGCCCUGGCCCUGAGGACGCACCAGCGCCUGCACUGCGGCCCGCGGCCUCACCGCUGCACCGACUGCAACAAGGCCUUCAGGGCUCGUUCACAACUGCUCAACCACCGCCACCGCGUCCACCAGAGCGCAUUCAGCCCAGUGACCGCACUGCUGCAGGAAAGGGGCGGGGCCUCAGGGGGCAGGGCGUCAGGGGGCGGGGCCUCAGGACACCGGCUGUAUUCCUGUGAUCAGUGCGGCCGCUCCUAUCGACACUCCAGUUCCCUACUGAACCACAGACGCAGCCACAUGACAGGCGCCUUCCCCUGCGCCUCGUGCCACAAACACUUCUCUAACCUGAUGUCUCUGAAGAACCACGCGCGCACACACACAGAGCCGCGACGUCACAGCUGCCCCGACUGCGGCAAAGCCUUCAGAGUGUCCACACAGCUGCUUGCGCACCGCCGCGUGCACACACACGAGAAGCCGUUUAUCUGCAGCGUGUGCGACAAACGUUUCUCCUGUAAGAGUAACCUCAGGCACCACAGCCGCCUGCACUGGGGCCCUGCAGCGCCCCCUGUAGACACGGGCCAGUACCUGAGCAGCGGCCAUGUACACUUUCUCUGA